CUAAUAUAUGUUGUGUGUAUAAUAAUCUCAUAAUGAUUAUAUUAUUAAUUAUUAUAUUAUUAUAUCGGAAAUCUAUUCACAAAAUAUAUUUUUCUGCACUGUUAAAUGAUAUAAUGUUAAACUAGAACUGCUUAUUAUGUGUAUAUGCGAAUUUCAUGCAGAAAUACAUGAUUGCAUUUUGUGCUCUAAAGUAAAUAAACUCUUGAUUGGUAAAUAGCGUUUAUAAAUAUUUUUAUGUAAAUGAUAAUAAUUAUUGUUGAAAUUAUUUUUAUUGUGCGUCAAAUUACACAUUUGUAUAUCAAUGAAAAUAUUUUUUAACGAUACACCUACAUUAUUCUGUUUGUCGUGUUUUAAACAAAUAACACAAAAAUAUUUAUUCAUAGCCAUUGAUUUACCUAGGUAUUACCGAAAAAAACUAAACUUUUAAAAUAUUCUAAGCUAGGAAAUUAUGAAGUUGUAAACAAGUAAUGGUUAUAGACUUGCAUCUAUGAAUAUUGAGUAAAAUUCAACAAAAGAUAAUAUUUUCUAUAAUGUUUGAUAAAUGCGAAUCGUUUCAAUACACCUAAUGGGUGGCACUAGGUACUCGUUUUAAAAUUCAUCUCUGUUUGGUUAGAACUUACUCCGUAAGUCUUAUUCGUUUGUAAUAUUUUUCUAAAAUAAUAUAAAUGUUAUACUCAAUAAUAUGACUAAAAUGUCUGUCAACAAUAUAUGUUCAAAGUACAUGAAUUAUAUAUAGUGACUCAAUGAUUUUAUUCUUGCAAAUUAUUUUGUUUAAAAAUAUAAUAAAUAAAAUAACAGAAUACAUCUGAAAAUAUUGAUUGUCAGCGAACUGUUCGUAUUAUAACUGUAAUUGAAUUAUGUCAUGUAUUUUAUACACCUGUGUAAAUCACCAAUACUUUGUUAAUUGUUUUUAGAAAAAAACCUUUUUUCCUAAUCUAACUUAACCUGUCGUAAUGACAUAUGUCAUAUCGUGUUUCAUGAUCGACGUUUCCCAUUUGUGAGAUACUACGAAUUGAUGUCGUUAUGAAAAUGUAUACGCUUGUAUGCUCGAUUGAUUUUCAGGUGUAGUUUGCCAUGGAAAUUAAAAAAAAAUUCAUACUUCAUUGUUAUAAUAUUAUCACUCUAAAUUAUUUCGAUCUGAAAUAUAUGUAUGAAAAAUGAUGUAAUUAAAGUCAAGUAGAAAUAAAUCCAGUAGUUCAUAAUAAAAUCUAAAUUAAUCCAAUAAUAGAUCUAAAUAAACACACAAAUUUGAAAACAAUAAUGUAUAAUCAGGUGAAAAAUUAGUUUUAUAAGUUAUAAAUAAUUACAAUAGUAACUAGAUGCAUCGCUUUUUUACUCUACAAAUAACAAAUAUUCAUUGAAUUUCGGUCACGUGAAAUAUAGUAACGAGGAGGGUAAAAAAUAAUAAUUUUUAGACAAACAUCAGUGAAUAAAUAUUAAAAACUGUUCACUUGUUAUUUCUCUUUCAAAAUAUAUAAUUUCCACUCGAUGUUUUAUUAAGUUAAUUAAUGCAUGAAUGACAAACAUAACAUUACACAUAAAAUGAAUAAUUGCUGUGAUGAUGGACAUAAAUUAUUAUAAAACCGUGUGUCUCGAAACAAAUUCAGUACACUUGUAUGUAAUAUAAUAUUAUGCAAAAUUUAAAUUUAUAAAAACACUUGGAUAUUUUCUUACAAUAGUUUAAGAACAUUUUAACGAUUUAUAAAUUUGUGAUUUAAUUCCAAUGUUUUCGUUUCAGAUGAGCUGAUGCAGUGAUUUGUUAUUUAUGAGAAUCAAUUAUUUAACCAAGUUUUGGCGUAAUCAAUCUACCAUAUACAGAAGAUGUAUUACGGUAUGUGUGAGAUUCCGGUUUAUCCUUAAGUUUUGGCAUAAGAAAUUAGAGGACGUCAGCAUAUACAUUCUGAGAGUGUCAUGUUCAAUACGUACGUUUUCGGAUAACGUGGAUUGAGGUUUGGUGCCAUGAAUUUUAGCGAGCAUGAUUGAACACAAAAUACAAGCCUCGAUAACAGACAAAACAAUGUUGUCUAAAACUAUGUUAUGCAAUUCAUCCGAUACUAAAUAGACGCUGUAGUAUCGACAACGGGGUGGUGCAUGAGGACACGGGCAAGAUAUAGAGAAACAGUCAUCGUGCCUGGAGCAGAGAGAUCGCCAUGACUUUCAGGCUGGCAGAGUCAGCGACAGGGCAGAAGAUUCACCGCCGCCCGGCGUGAUGUACGCUACAAACACAACGAUGACCAAGACGCCCAAGACGACCUCAACAACGACGACGAUGAUUUUCGUGGCAGCCGUGAUGGCCACUUUGUUGGCAGCGGUCGCCGGCUGCCCGCUUGGAUGUAUGUGUAAGUGGAAGGGUGGCAAGCAGACGGUCGAGUGCGUCAAUCGGAGUCUGUCAGCCAUACCGGCGGGCAUGGACGCCGGCACCCAGGUACUUGACAUGUCGGGAAAUUCGAUGGAUUCACUGUCGAGGGGCCGGUUUAUGUUGGCCGGUCUGUCCAACCUGCAGAAGAUCUUCAUGGCUCGGUGUCGGAUCACGUACGUGGACGACGCCGCGUUCCAGGGACUGUCCAACCUGGUCGAGCUGGACCUGUCUGACAACGGGAUCACCGAUAUACCGACAAAGUCGUUCGACGACUACCCGCAACUGAUGAAGCUAGUGCUGAGCGGCAACGCGGUGACUGUGGUACGAACUGCCGCAUUCAAGCGGCUCGCCUACUUGACGGUGCUCGACCUGAGCCGGUGUCGAGUGUCCACGAUCGAGCCGGGCGCUUUUGACGGCCUACAGAGCAUCGAGUGGCUGCGGCUCGACCACAACGAGAUCGUUCGGAUCGAAAGCGCGGGCGCGGUAGUGCUGCCGCUGUCGUUUCAUGGCAUCGAGAUGCACCACAACCCGUGGACGUGUGACUGCCGGCUGAGAGACGUACACCGGUGGCUGAACAACAACAGCGCGCCGCACACGGUCGAGCCGACUUGCCAUGGACCGGACAGAUUGCGCGGCACAGUCAUCCGCAAGCUGGACGCUGAGGAGCUGGCGUGCGCGCCGGUGGCGGCGGCCACGUCCCCCGAGUACGUGGAGACGGACGCCGGAAAGAACGUGACACUCGCGUGCAGGGUGACGCCGGCCGGGCAAGCGCGAGUUUCAUGGUGGUUCGAGGGCCGGCAGGUGGCCAACGGCACUACGGCGGCCGGCGUUGAGCUGACCAUCGAAGACGCUGGACCCGCGGACAACGGUACGUACGCUUGCGUAGCCGAAAACCGUGCGGGCUGGGCCGCUUGCAACUUCACGGUGCGCGUAGUCCAAGAUCCGUCUGAGGUGGCGGCUGGUUCGUAUCCGCCUGACGCACCCCCUCCAGCCCUGCUGAUUGUGGUGUUGGCUGGUUCGGUAUGCUUCGUGGCCGUGGCCGUGGUCUGCGCGAUCAGUUGCCGCUUGGUGGUGGCAAAACGCCGUCGGCGACGGGAACGCGGUGGUCGACCAGGCGGCAAGUCCGGUGGCGCUGGAGGCGGUGACACGGGCGCCGACGACCCGUCCAACAAUGGGCAGGGGACUAAGACGACGUCCGACAUCAGACAAUCGGACUCAGUAAACCUGACGGUUUCGUCCACCAUCGACGGCAAGCUGUCGUCGGCUGAGGACGUUAGCGUGUACGGCGAGUAUGACGCCACAGCUGGCCCGGGAUCGUCCGCUGGUUACGAAGUCCACGAGGUGCUGCACGUGGGUGGUGGUGGUGGUUACGACGCGUACCAGCAGGUACACGUGGCCCCCGGACAUCCGGCCACGGUGACCACGACCACCACUCUGGAAGCUAAUCCAGAUCUGAUCAGUGACGCGUCCACCGUGAUCAGGGAUAACGGUGGUGGUGACUACCGUGAUGCCAGUGACGAAGUGUACAAGAUAGCCGUGCCACCACCUCCGUCGGGUGGCCGAGACUUUUGGACAACUUCCGGUGCGAGCGGUGCGGCCAUCAUAUAUCCGUCCGGUGGUGGCUGUGGAUCGUACGAAUUGCAAUUAUCACCAGGCAAGCUAGCCGCCGGAGAACCGUAUCCGGCCGAUUAUGGACUGCCCAAGUUAUUGUCCGGCCAGUACCCGAUGCCUGCGCCGCCGUCAUUGUACCGAACGCUUCCACACCGCCGAAACGCGGCCAAGCCGCAAGGCCGGUCGUGCCAGGAAGCUGAGUUCGUGCUUUUACAGCAGCAUCACCAUCACCACCACCAUCACCAUCAGCAACAGCAACAGCAUCAGCACCACUUGACCCGGUACGAACCGCAAAACGUCAGGUACAACCAGCAGGGGUACCCGUACCCAGCGUCUGCAGUAGCCGCAGACGCGACGUACUAUGCGACGGCCGCUACCACUUUUUACGAACCACCAUCGUUGUCGAACGCAUCCGCUCAGACGCUUGACGACGAAACGAUGGUCAUGAUGAUGAUGAUGCCUCCACCGCCGCCGCCACCACUCGUGACCGGCGCUGCCGCAUUACCCGCAGCAGGCCGACAGCCGCAACACUUGUCUGCCGAACACGCGAGCCAACACAAGGCCGUCACCGCCGUGCAAAAGCAACCAGCGAACACGGAGAGUCCCGACGAAGGGUACGUGGGCGAAGGUCCUGACUCGUAGGCCGGUUUCAAGCGUCCAUUCCGCGAUCCAGACGUCCGUCUGCCGACGUAGACGACUAAAGGUCAUACUCAAGGACACUUUAUCGUCAGUCUUACUUGUACAUAAUUCGAUAACAAUAUUAAUAUUGUAUCGAUAUAAAAGCUGUGAAAUAUGUAAUAUUUUUGUUGUGCGUACUUGUUUGCAAGUCCACACCGUAGAAAUAGCGUUGUAAAAAUAUAAUUUGAUAUUUAUCGACCAUUACACACACACUCACACUGUAAUAGACCCUUUCGGAAAAUGUCGACCGCUGUUCGACGGUUUUCUCCAAUCGUUAUAGUUCGGUAAUCGAAGGGCGCAAUAUCGUGCGUCGUGGACCGUUAAAGUUAAACGACGUCAUUAAAUUAUAAAACUUAUAAUAUUGAACUAGAUAAUAACCGAUCGAGCCAUAUUUAGUUCCGUUUGAAUUCAACGCUGCUGAAAAUAUAAUCUGCUUAAUUGUAUGUAUCCGUGAAGUUAUCUCAAUUAAUGUACCUAAUUAUUGUAAUUUUUUUUUUUUUAAUGAGGUAAACUUAUGUUUUUUCAGCAGAAUUUAGUAUGUUUUCACCGAAUUCUUUUGGAUCUCUGAAAAAGAUUAAUUAUUAUAUAAAACAAUAUUUUUUUAGCGCAACUAUUAUUUUUAAUUUACGAAUGGAAUAUUUUAGUCUUAAGUCGUUGUAACGGCACUACAAUCUGUUUUUAACAACAAUGCUGUACAGAAUCUUAAAGCAAGCUUAUAUUUAUUAUUUUCCUUUUUCAUGAAAACUUUUUCCGCAUAAAAAGAUUGAGAUUUUCAAUUCAUAUCAUUAUUAUCAGAUUAAAUUUAAUUCGACUUGAAUUACCAUACCUAUUUAAUAGUUACUUUUUUUAUAUUUAUUUAUAAGUACAUGUCCACGGCGUACUCACACCUUAUUAAUGUAUUUCUUAUCCCUCACGAAAAUAAAUUUAAUAUUAUAAUAUCUAUCGCAAAAUUAAAAGAAUAUAAACUAUGAUAAUAUGACAAUCCAUAAUUAUUACAAAAAAAAAAAACAAUAAAUUAGUAAAACGAAACUCUUUUACAUAUUGCGUACUUGGCUCAAAUUUACCCACCUAUAAUUUCCCUAAAAAGGAUGGGUCUGUCGAAAUAAUAAAAUUAUAUCUUUACCUUUUUUUUCUUGACAGUUCAUCGAGUUUAAAGAUUACUUAUAGCGAAAUGUGUUUCCAUAUGUUCCGUUCGCUUUCGGUUGAACAUAAUGAUAUUUUACGUGUCAAUCGGACGAUUGACCCGAUUCGAUUUUAAAUUACGACCGAUUCUUCUAGUGAAAAAUAAUAUCGGUCGUGAUUAUAAUAUUAUAUUUUAACUCAUUCGUUUUGAACGAGAUUCGAUGAGUAAUGAUUAAAAAGUGUAGUUAACUUUCGUAAUAAUAAUAUGUACAUAAAUAAAAAAAGAUAUAUAAAAUAAAAAAAAUGAAUAUUAUGUAACUCGUUAAUAUUAAAAGAAAAGAAAAAAUACUCAUCGCAUAAAUCACUACGAACGGCUUAAAUGGAACUUAGCUAUAGUAUUGUGCGGGAAAGCGGGAAACAGUGAAAAAAUAAAAAUAAAUCUGCUGUGAGAAUUUACGUUCAGAAAUGUUUAGUGGAUUUAUUUUAAAGUCUCGGACGCGUGCGGGACUGCUCUUCCGCGAACCACCGUGCUUUUUCGGUGAACCGAUGAUUUAUAAUAAUUUUCCUCGCCAUUAGGCCCCGGCAUGGCCGUAGGAUUGAUGUAACAAUAAAACGCUUAGUUGUCCGAAACUAUGCCGCUCGGCCUAUACAUAAUAAAAAGUGCCCGAUGCAUUCCACCGCCAACGGGUUUACUCUCAUGUUGCGCAUUCCAGGGAGGGGAAUUUAAUUUCGACGAGUCAAAAACGGUGCCGAUUGUAAAUAACCCGACGAUUCGAUUCAAUACUGUUUAUAACACGCUUCGUAUCCGUAAAGUUCAGUUUUCGAGAAACCGUCUCGGUAUAAGAGAGCAGGAGAGGGAAGUACAAUGAUAAUCGUCGUGUCCCCUCUUAGACGAACCAGACGCGUUGUGUUCAAGAAAAAUUAAAAACAUCUAUGCCUACGUUUUAUUAUUUUUGAUUUCCCAUACAAACACCAAUAAUUAUUUUCGAUGGAUGCCGUAAAAAUAUCGUAAAACAUUUUAAUGACUCCAAUAGCAAGAGUGAAGCCGGGUUGUCACUACGCCUUCCGUUCAAGGUUCAGAGUUGAACAUAAUAGGCGUUCGACUUUUAGGUAAUUUGUGACCAACAUUGUGAUACCUACAUAUUGAAUAGUAUUUAAGAACCACGAGA